UGUCGGAACUGCCCUUGUCCAGACAACAGCAUGUCCAGCAACGAAGGGGGCCUCGGCCCCAUGUCGCCACCCGCCUUGCCAUCUCCGGGAGGAAAACUACCGUCUCUGGAUCCAGCUGAUAGGUUUCUUGGGAAAGGUUCCCCUUUCGCUCCUUCAACGGGGGACCCCCAGCGGCAUUCUCAGAGCGACGACGACUCCGGAUGCGCCCUGGAGGAGUACACUUGGGUACCACCUGGACUGAGACCUGAUCAAGUGCACCUCUACUUCAGCGCCCUGCCCGAGGAUAAGGUGCCGUACGUGAACUCUGUAGGGGAGCGGUACAGGGUGCGCCAGCUCCUGCAGCAGUUGCCGCCCCACGACAACGAGGUGCGCUACUGCCAUGCCCUGUCGGACGAGGAGCGCAAGGAGUUGCGGCUGUUUUCCGCCCAGAGGAAACGCGAGGCCCUCGGGAGGGGCGCCGUCCGGCAACUGCCAGGACCUAUGCAGUGUGAUACGUGUGAAGAGACAAUGUCUACGGGGGACAUUUGUGUUUUUGCAUCGAGAGCUGGACCAAACACCUGCUGGCAUCCUGCCUGCUUCACGUGUAGCGUUUGCAGAGAAUUGCUAGUGGAUCUCAUCUACUUCUACAAAGAAGGUCGCCUCUACUGUGGUAGGCAUCAUGCAGAAACAAUUAAACCAAGAUGCUCUGCAUGUGACGAGAUCAUCCUUGCUGAUGAGUGUACAGAAGCCGAAGGUCGGGCGUGGCAUAUGAAGCACUUUGCUUGUUCUGAAUGCGAGAGACAACUCGGGGGUCAACGAUAUAUAAUGCGCGAGGGCCGGCCAUAUUGCCUUCACUGUUUUGAUGCCAUGUUUGCUGAAUACUGUGAUUCCUGUGGUGAACCAAUUGGAGUAGAUCAAGGUCAGAUGUCACACGAGGGUCAACACUGGCAUGCCACCGAGAACUGUUUCUGCUGCCAUACUUGCCAUACAUCACUACUGGGCAGGCCGUUUUUGCCUAGAAGGGGUGCAAUUUAUUGCUCAAUUGCUUGCAGCAAAGGAGAACCGCCUACACCAAGUGACAGUUCUGGACCAAAUACAAGGGUUCCUCGGCAACAACCCAGGAACAGACCACCCCGUAUGCCAUCCCCCAACGAGUCAAGUACUCCUCCUGCAUCGCCUUCUCUCAGACGACAGAUCCCACCUCGAUCUCCCACAAUGUCUUCCCCUUCUUCACCACCUGGUGUAGUUCAUGCCAGCCAGUAUGUAACCAGGUCUCCUACAACUAUGAGGUCACCUAAAAUGGGAAGAAGAGCGUUACAGAGGUCGCCAAAACCGACGUCAAUACCUAGCACUCCAACACUAUCUGACAAUGGCACAAACUUCCAAAAUGAACCUUCAAAUGAAGAAAUAACAGCUAGAACUAUGCCGGCUGCUUCACCUAGUUGUCGAGGACUAGACAGAGUAUUGCUAGAAAGAAAUUUAGAGCGACUAUUAACAGAAAGAAGUGGCCAAGGUCAUUCGCCAGACUUAGAAAAGCUUUUACUUGCGCGAGAUAGAAGUCGGGAACCAUUACAUUUAGCCGAUCUAAGCUUGGACGACUGGCCUGCAAAAAACCCUUCAGAAUACAAACAAGACAAUGAAACUAAACCAAACAAUAGUACUGAAGCAAAAGACAAUAAUAAUAAAUCUAGUUUGGAACAACCACAACAUGCUUCGUCUAUGCCUGAAUUAGCCAUACCUGGUUCGAGUGAAAGCACUGGAAACUCGACAACACCUGGAUCGCCCAGUAAAAGAGGACGAGGGCUGUUAAGUGUGAGAUUUCAAGGUGAUAAUGAAGCUUUCGAAGCGGAUGAAGGAGAUAAUGCUAGUAUAGAAGCAGCAAAAAGGUUUCCGAGAAGUAGAAGCUAUUCAGGACGGUCAAGACACAUAGAUACUUUAGAAAGGCGAAAUAAACCUGUUAAGACACCUUCUGAAUCACAUGUUACAGAAGCGCGUACUAAACACAGUAGAGAAAAGGAAGAUGAUGAAGAGAGUUACUGUUCUACAUGUUCAUCUAGUUCAUCUAGUGACGAUUUGGAUUACCAGUUACCUCCAAGGAGGGCGUAUGGUGGAGUAAGAAUUUCUUAUGUUCCUAAUGAUGCUCUUGCCAUUGCCAGAAGAAGACAAGCUACCAUACAGAAAUCACCCAGCAAAAAAGGGAUGAUUGAUGAAAAAGACAAAAAUUGUGUCAUAUCUUGAUUUUAUUUUAAAGAUAACUUGUUGCCUUCCAAUUUAUAAACAGUUUGCCAAAAAAUAAGUAAAUGUAAUGCAAUAUAUUCAGGGUAUGUAUUUUCGACUAUAAGAUUAAUAAUUUGCCUUGAAAUAAUGUACUGUUAGGACUAAUUUUCUCUGUAGUGUGUUGCUGUGUUUUUUUAUGUAUUUUUAUUAUUAUUAUUAUUCCCACAUUAACAAUGCAUAGUGGCAACAGCCCUUUCUGUAAAUCCUAAAAAAUAUAAUUUUUUUUGCCAUUGUCGCACAGUAAACCCAUCAUGUCAUUUUUAUAAUCCAACAUUUCAACCAUUUGACUUAGCUUGGAAAUUUUCAACUUUUUGUCAUGAACUGAGUGAAAUUUGGUUCGGAAGUCCACCAAAGUAAGAAUAAAGACGAUACCAAGUUCACAAUUGCAGACAGCAUUUAAAUAAAAAGAGGUUUUACUACCUCUUCAAUCAAAGUGACACCAUUACUACUGUGCGUUGCUGAUGUGUGAUAUUUUAAAAAUUGAGAGCAACAAACUUUUAAGCAAUACACUGCUACGUUAAAAUUAUAUCUUAUGCUGAUCUAAAAAUCAUGUGGUAAAUAACUAGUGUUUAAUAGCAUUUUGUACAAAUUAGGUUUCCUAAUGUCAAACUUUUUGUAUCUACAAUAUGUGUAGACUGUAG